AUGGAUCCCUUCACUCAACUGCCCCCAGAACUGAUACAAAUAAUCCUGAUUCAUGCCGAUUUUGCCACCGUACAAAGCCUCAUAUCCGCCUCCCCACAAGUCCACGCUGUCUUUCAAGCUCGACCUGCCAUUAUACAUGAUCUCAUACUAGCCAACUCUAUCACGAGUUUCCCAGAGAUACAAAGGCUAUGCUACAAUAUGAGUCUUACCCACACCUCUCAUUACACUCAUUUGGCCUCCUACCAACAAGCAUGCUCAGAAGGCAUUCCAACUCUUAAUUAUAGAGCAGCACUCGGCAUAAUUCAACUAGCAGCCAGAAUACAGCACCUUGCCUGUGCAUGUCUGUCGCGUAUGCAGCAGACCCUCGCCUCUACACUUGGUGAAAUACCAAUCGACUCACUAAGCGGACCUCAGCGAGCAGAACUAGCGCGUAAGCCCUUUUCGUGGAUCGAAGAAUACCGCACGUACUGGUCCCUCUUUAUCUCGCACACUAUUCCGCUCUCCGUCAAGCUGCCAAAAUCUGUUGUUGGCCUGCACAGUCAAUAA